AGUUUAUGUUUUGUGACAAUGCAACACUGUGUGCGAAAGAAGAAAUAGAAAAGGGAAACGUCGACGCGUCCGACUUUUUUGAUUUUUAGCUCGUUGUAAAUGCAUUGUUAAUAAAGCAAGAAUUCAUUUAAAAACAUUCCGUUUAGUUGCCGUGCAGUGCAGUAAUACAAAUAAUUACAAGUGCGCAUAAACAAAUUGAAGCAAGAAUUGCAUUGUUUAAAGUUUGUUUUACUUUCAUUUAAUAUUUAUAUUUAUGUACGCAACACAGCCACAGUCGUAACCGUAGCCGUAGCAGCAGCUUCAACAGUGUUCAGUUCCAGCAAAUUUCAUUUUAAUUUCCCAGCGAAUAAUAAAUUAAAGUGAAUACAAUGAAAAUGUAUAACAAAAUAUACAAGAAAUGAAAAGUGUGCAGAAAAUGCAGUGAAAUUUAUAACUGCACAUUGCUAUUAGUUAAAUGUCAAAUGCUAAAUGCUAAAUCUAAUGAGAAAAAAAUCAAACAUAUUUUUGAGUGCAAAAUGAUUAACUGCGGAUAUUAAUUGGCAGCUGAAAUAACAGUAGCGCGUCAAACGACAAAACUAAAGCGCGUCGCUACAGUACCAAUGCAUAAAUGUGAAUAAAAACGAAACAUAUCAAAAUUUAAUGUAUUCGAAAUACAAUAAAACUAAUCAAAACAUAGAAGCUUCCAUUUACGAGUACGUUAUCUAAUGGAUCCAUAUCAUCAGAUAAGGCAUCACUAUCCGCCGGCCAGACCCGAAUUGCACCAGAAAUGCAAUCGUGGCUCACAUUCAAGUGAUACGAGCUCAGCUUAUAGUGGCAGUGAUACCAUGGCUUCAGUUUACGGUUCGUCGUUGGAGGCUGAGGAGAUUGAUCUCUCCGGUCUUGUUGAAUCAGUUGUCGAUUCAGAUGAAGAAGAUUUGGCAGAGAGCAUGGAUAGUUUAAAUGUACGUGAUGCAGUAAGAGAUUGUCUUGAAAAGGAUCCGUCCGAACGCACUGAAGAAGAUGUUGAAAUUUUACUUGAAUUCACGCAAGGUUUAAAAGCCUUCACAAAUAUAACUCUGGCAGUGCGUCGUGCUUUGUGCUCUGUGAUGGUAUUUGCAGUUGUUGAUAAAGCUGGUACGAUUGUUAUGUCUGAUGGGGAAGAGUUAGAUUCGUGGUCAGUACUUAUUAAUGGUGCAGUAGAAAUAGAGCACACAAAUAGUAACAGAGAAGAAUUACAAAUGGGCGAUUCUUUUGGUAUUCUACCAACAAUGGAUAAGUUAUAUCAUCGCGGCGUUAUGCGCACAAAAUGUGAUGAUUGCCAAUUUGUAUGUAUUACACAAACUGAUUACUAUCGCAUACAGCACCAAGGUGAGGAAAAUACGCGUCGGCACGAGGAUGAAGAAGGUCGUAUUGUUAUGGUAACGGAAUUGCGGCAAAUCGGUAGUAAUGAGCAUGCAGGCAGUAGUAGUACUGGCACAAGUUCCACUAAACGAGGACAUGUUGUAAUACGAGGAACACCUGAGCGUUUGCUUUUGCAGUUGGUAGAAGAAAAUUCCAUGACUGAUCCCACUUACGUAGAGGAUUUCUUACUAACACAUAGAAUUUUUAUCAAAAACCCACAAGAAGUUACCCAGAAAUUAUUAGCUUGGUUUGAGAAUGACGGUGAACCGCCAAAAGGUAGCACUGCUACUGCUCAAGAAAUAAGAGAUCGUGUUACACGCGUAGUUUUGCUAUGGGUUAACAAUCAUUUUACUGACUUCGAAGCUGAUUAUGAGAUGAUGGAGUUUUUGGAAAUUUUCGAAGCUGGUUUGGAACGGAAGAAGUUACUUAGCCAAUUGCGUUUAUUACAUAUUGCAUGCGCUGCUAAAGCACGUAUGCGUUCAUGUACAUUAACUCGUUCAUCACGUGAUGAAUCCUUGAAUUUUAAAAUAAUUGGCGGCUAUGAAAUGCGUGGUGCGACUGCUUCUAGCGGCGGUUGUGGCAUAUACAUAUCACAUGUUGAACAAACUUCCAAGGCGCAAGAUGUCGGCCUGAAACGCGGAGAUCAAAUACACGAGGUAAACGGACAAUCAUUUGAGCAUGUAACUAGCAAACGUGCAAUGGAAAUACUGAUGAGUAGCACACAUCUCAGUAUAGCAGUCAAAAGCAAUCUGUUAGGCUUCAAAGAAAUGAUGCAAGCUGUGGAAAUGGGAGGUGCAUUAGGCUGUAAUUCCAAUAGUGGCGGCUCUGUGGGUUCGAACAUAGCCAGAUCUUUGCGUAGCCCAAGGCGUAUUUGUGCUAAUGACAUAGCAAAACUACACGGCCGUUCAGAAUCUACAACAGAUGACUUAUCAACAAAUCGUGCACAUAUUGUGCGCCUUAGUUCGGUUGAUAUGCUAUUGCAUGCAACCGCAAUUGAUCAAACAGAUUGCUGCGUUGCUACACCCACUACACCAUCAGUAAUUGUGCAAACAGGUGGGAAUUUAGCUACAAACUUUAUGAACAAUAUACUACAAAGUGUAAAUUCGUCAGCUAAAAAAGAAGCUAAUAUGCAGUCAAACUGUGAUCCGAACUCCAAAGGUGGUGGCUUUAUGACACUAGCACCAAAAAGACGCCUGCAAAAAGCGCUUGCCAAAAUGAAUCUAUUGCACAAAAAUGUGAGUGGCUUGCAACAAUCGAGUCUAAACGAUUCAAGUGAUGCGCUCUUGAAUAGUGGAGGCAACGGGAAUGACUGUAUACCACAAAAAUCAAAAGUUACUUCCACUUCUUCAUCUAGCUCUGGUUCGAAUGGUGGACGACUUUAUCAGUCACAAUCAAAUCCAGAUUUGACUUCGUCACUUUGUUAUGAGGACACAACAUCUGUAGCUGGUAAUUAUUUGUCAGCAUCUGUGCAUCGUCCCUCAGCCGCUUCAACAGCAACUUCAGCAAUGCUACCCGAUUAUCCUGAACACGUGCUCAAAGUUUUCAAAGCAGAUCAGACCUGUAAAUAUUUACUUAUCAAUAAAGAAACAACUGCGCACGAAGUAGUGAUGUUAGCAUUACAAGAAUUUGGCAUUCACGAUCCAAGUUCGAAUUUUUCAUUAUGUGAAGUGAGCGUAGGCGAAGGUGGUAUGGUGAAACAGCGUCGCUUACCUGAUCAACUACAAAAUUUAGCUGAACGAAUAGGAUUCGCUGCGCGCUACUAUUUAAAAACUAACGGUAUAACUGAAACUCUUGUACCAGAUGAUCUAGCGUUAGAGCUUGUACGGGAAUCUAGUGUACACUUUCUUCAGCUCAAUGCUUACGAACUGGCUAUACAACUGACAUUGCAAGAUUUUGCUAUAUUCCGGCAAAUCGAGUCAACAGAAUAUGUUGAUGAUUUGUUUGAAUUGCAAACAAAGUAUGGCGUUCCAAUGUUAAGUAAGUUUGCCGAACUGGUAAAUCGUGAAAUGUUCUGGGUGGUGACUGAAAUAUGUGGCGAGCAUAAUAUUGUACGUCGUAUGAAAAUUGUUAAACAAUUUAUAAAAAUUGCUCGUCAUUGCAAAGAGUGUCGUAAUUUUAACUCUAUGUUUGCUAUAAUAUCUGGCUUGGGUCAUGCGGCGGUGUCACGAUUAAGACAAACGUGGGAAAAAUUACCAACGAAAUAUCAACGUCUUUUUUCUGAUUUACAAGAUCUAAUGGACCCCUCACGUAACAUGUCUAAAUAUCGACAGUUGGUUUCAUCGGAGCUCAUAGCGCAACAUCCCAUUAUACCUUUCUAUCCGAUAGUUAAAAAAGAUCUCACAUUUAUACAUCUCGGCAAUGAUACACGCGUUGAUAGUUUAAUUAAUUUUGAAAAAUUACGAAUGAUUGCCAAAGAAGUACGUUUGCUAACGCAUAUGUGUUCUUCCCCCUACGACCUUUUAGCAAUUCUUGAAUUAAAAGGUCAAUCACCUUCCAAUGCCAUGUUUUCCUUAAAUCAGAUGUCCGCAUCACAAGGCAAUGCGGGUACAAAUACAAUAAUCGCUGCUAAUGCUGGCCAAGCGACAAUAAAACGUAGAAAAAAAUCUGCUGCCGCCCCGAAUCCCAAAAAAAUGUUCGAAGAAGCUCAAAUGGUACGACGCGUUAAAGCUUACCUAAAUAAUCUCAAAAUCAUCAACGAUGAGGAUAUCUUACAUAAAUUUUCACUCGAAUGUGAGCCAGCGAAUAACACACAAUUCUCGAGCUCUCAAAAUCACGGCAAUUCCUCAUCACGCAGUGGUGAUCAAUUAAGCAUAUAUUCACAUACAUCCUCCUCAUCAGCACCAAAUUCAUCGCUUUCAUUAAGAAAACGUCAUCCCUCAUCACCUACGCUUUCAACCACCAGUUCUACUAGCUCAACAAGUGAUCACAAUCGACGCAAUGUCAACAGCAAUUGUCCUAAAUUUGGUACCGCCUCACCGCAAGCUGUGAACAAAAUACUAUCAUUAUCGGAGUCAACUAAAAUUCGACCGCAUCAACCAUUCACAAGACAUUCAGGCAUGCCUGGCCUACCGUUGCUUAGCAAUUCACAUCAUACACACACACAUGCAUUCCCCACGUCAGCAGGCGUAACAUUGUCUUCAACAGCGACUACUCCUAGUCCGUGUACGCACCGACGCUUAGCUUCCGGUAGCAAUUCAAUUCCAAGUGGUGUGAUGCCAGUGCGUUCGAUACAUGAACGUUCGCACUCUGAUACACCUACACCACCAUUACCUUCCGUUGAUCUAUCAGUCGAAAGUAGCAGUGUUACCACUUUUCGAGACUUACCCUUACGGAAAUCUGUGACUUCAGGUUCAAUUUCGUCGAGCGAUAGUGGACACGGCUCCUACGUACAACACGACACAAAUUCAGUUUAUACAGCAGCCGAUUGUCGUUUGCUGCAACAAAUUUCCAACACUGCUACACGCAAUUUAAAUAGUCAGUGCAAUAAUAUACCACUACCACUACCAUCACCACAACCACAAUCACAACCACAACCACAACCACUACAAACACAAGCACCACCUCCACCCUAUAUCAUGCGAAAUCCAAACUCGAAUAUCUUUCAAACACCAAACAUAAAUCCAUACGCAGUGCAAUGUGCGACUGCAAAUGUUGCUGCGCCAAUGAUACAUCACAAUCAUAGACAUGCCAACAUGCAUGGUGGUCAACCAAACUUUUUGGAUGGUACAAAAUGCUCAAUGUGCCCAAUGCCGCCAAUGAAUCAGUAGCAGCUUAUUUAGGAGGAGAUUUAAUAUCAAUUUGCCAAAAUUGUUAAGGUUGUGUUUACGUGUCCGUAUUUGUUAUUUUUUGAACCUGUAGAUGUUCGAGCUAAAAACUAACAAAGAGUCAGAUUUUAUUAAAAGUAAAAUUUCAUUUCAUCUAAGUAUAUUCAUCUAAGUAUGCAGUUAAUAGCCAACAACCCAUAGCCAAUAAAGUCAGUGGCAGUUUCGAUCUACAGACAAAGUUCAAAUAUAAGCUAUUACGUUUUAAAUGCUAAGAUUCGGAAUUGUUAAUGUUUUCAGCUAUAUGGACAACGGAUUAUAAAAUAAUUAAAAGACAAAAGUUUAAUAACUCAUACAUAAAGAUAGAAACAGAAUCUUACAUUCUGUAACUAAAUUAAAUUAAUAUUAUUUAUAUAAAAAAUUUACCAAAAUAAUUUUACAAAUUAUUUAUAAAUUUUACAAAAAAUGUUAAAAAGUUCUGAACUCACCCAAAAUGAAAGCACACACAAAAAAUGUCAGUGGAUAGACCAACAUAAUGGAAUUGAUUUUAAAGCUAAUAUAAAUGAAAUUUAAUAUUAAAUCAAUCACUUACAAAAUCAGUUAAUAACUGUUUUAAAUAUGUUGUUAUAUUCCAAAUAAAUAUAAUUAUUAAUUAGAAAUAAUGGAAAUGGCGUAGCGCAAACUACAAAGCGGUUGCGGCAAGAAAAGCACCACAGCAGUGGAAAACUGGUAUGAGUUGUUAGCCAGAAAGUUAAUGCUUACUGUGUGCCAAAAUUUUGCCAAUUGUGCUCAACAAAAGUGCGAAUCCUUAUGCCAAGAUUAUUUCCAAUUUUGUGACUGCUUUUUUAUAUACACACACAUUUUAUAUAAAUAUGUAUAUAGAAAUAAAUAAUUUUACUGUAUACAAUAUUGCUUAUAAAAUGCUUAUAGACAUUUGAAUAUAUCUAUAGCAUGCUCCCGUAUACUCUCUUCCGCUGUUGUGUACUUCAUAUCUCUAUCAGUCUGUUUAAAACUUGAUAUAUUUUUUUAAAUUAUAUAUCUAUAUACAAUUAUAAAUAU